UGUUCUUGGAGAGGGAGAGAGAGAGAGAGAGAGAGAAAUAUAGAGAGAGAGAGUUUGUUUUGUUUGUGUUCUUGGAGAGAGAGAGUGUGAGUGAGAGAGAGAGAGAGAGAGAGAGAGAGAGAAAAUGGUAGGACCUGAGAGGCCACAGUUUGUCCUGUUUGGGUCAUCGAUAGUACAGUUCAGUUACAGUGCAGAAGGAUGGGGUGCUAUUCUCGCUGACAUCUAUUCUCGCAAGGCAGACAUAUUUUUGCGAGGAUACGCUGGUUGGAAUUCUAGACGUGCUCUCAGAGUUCUUGAUCAAGUAUUUCCCAAGGAUGCAGCUGUACAGCCUUCUUUGGUGAUAGUCUAUCUUGGUGGUAAUGAUUCAAUGCAUCCUCACCCAACAGGCCUGGGUCCUCAUGUCCCUCUUCCUGAAUAUAUUGAAAACAUGAGGACGAUCGCUAUUCAUCUCAAGAGCCUUUCAGUGAAGACACGCGUUAUCUUUCUUAGUGCUCCUCCAGUGAAUGAGGCAAAAAUCCGCGAAUUUACAGGUAACAAAUUUGAUGCGUUGGGUCGGACAAAUGAUGCUUGCCAAAAAUAUUCAGAUGCACUAAUAGAGCUGUGCCAGGAGCUAGAUGUCAAGGCCGUUGAUCUUUGGAAUGCACUUCAGAAAAGGGAUGAUUGGUUGACAGCUUGUUUUACGGAUGGAAUCCAUUUGUCAUCGGAGGGCAGCAAGAUCGUGGUGGAGGAAAUAUUGUCAGUCCUCAAAGAGGCCGACUGGGAGCCAAGCCUGCACUGGAAGUCAUUGCCGACUGAAUUUUCUGAGGACUCACCAUAUGAUCUUGUAGGCUCCGAUGGUAAGACCACUAUAAAUAUCUCCAAGACCAACUUUCACUGGGAGAAUGAGUGGGAUUAGUAGUAAUAUAAUCUUUUGACAUAAAAUGUGAACCAUUCUAAAAGCAUAACUGUUUUUCAAAACAAUUUCAUAUUACCUGUAUAUCCCAGGCCAAUGCAUACAAAAAGAAAAUGUUUUGUUUUCUUUCGAAUGACUGGCUUCAUAUACAACCUUGUUUUUUUUAUGUUGUGAUAGAAUGAGUUGAGUUGGAAAUAAGAUUUUGUUGUUGAAGAA